CCGAGGUGGAGAAACUCUGCUUUAGGCAUUCAGCUUUAAAUCCUUCUGACAUCUCAGUUCUUGCUAUCCAACCUUUCCAUUAGUCAACCCCUCCCGCAAAACACGCUAGCAGAAACCCCUUUAUAACCAUCCAAUUUUGGCUGGGGUGCCCCGUCACACUGUCUCUGGCUACCUUUGAAACUGACACGCUUUGGCAAGGAGCUGUCGCCCCGCAGGGCUAGAAACUGGUCUGAAAAAUGUGGAAUAAGGGUGUGGAGUCUCUGCAUUUCCAAAGGCCCCUCCUGGGCUGAUUUCUGAGCUUGGGGCCCCCGCCAGCGACCCCGUUUUUCAAGCGCCCUGAGCAACAUCUGGAUGUCACAGCCAGACUCUAGUGCCAACGUGCAGAAGGGGUGCGCUCUUCCCAGAGGGGUGCAGCAAAGGGGAGGGUCACUUAGCCCCUAUGCCGGAGAGGCUGGCACGCCAUGGUUUGGAGGGGCAGAGCCCAUUUAAAGGAGAGAAACAGCUGGCUGGCCGCGAAAGGGUGUUUGCUGGGAGCUAAGUGGAAACAGAUGUUGCCUGGAGGCCUUUGGCAGCAUCUGCUUGUCUCGGGGCCAAGAAUUCGGUGUGGGGGGCUGAGCGGGGCGGGGGGAACGAGCGCGCACUCUCCCAGGGCACACCCGCCCGUCACUUCUCCCUCCACGCCCGGCCAGAAUUGGGGGUGUUUCGAGCGCGCCGGCCGAGACGUAAAGAAGGGGUGCCGGAGAGCGUGCCAGGCGCUUGUCCAAAGGGCUCUUAACCUCCAGCUGUAAAGAUGAGAGCAGUUUCCUGCGUCUUCCUGGCCACAUUACUGAAAGCUGCAAUUUCUCAAGUAUCCGAAGAACCCAAUACGUACACGGAAUGCACCGACGGCUAUCAGUGGGACUCUGAAAGUCAGCACUGCAAAGAUAUUAACGAAUGCGAGACCAUCCACCACGCCUGCAAAGGAGAAAUGAAAUGCAUCAACCAUUACGGUGGAUACCUCUGCCUGCCCCGUUCGGCCUCUGUCAUCAACGAUGUGAAUGCCGAAAGGCCCCCCCCCGCCAGCCCUCCCAGGCCGAGACCUCGCCUGCCGCCCCAGCCUUCGAACCGACCCCACGCUUGCUCCCAGGGCUACGAGCCUGACAGGCAUGGAUCCUGCAUGGAUAUAGAUGAGUGUGAAUACGAUUUGCACGACUGCCAGCCGAGCCAGCAGUGCAUCAACACCAUUGGUAGUUUUCAUUGCCAAUGCCCAGAUGGCUAUCGGAAGAUUGGCACUGAGUGUGUAGACAUUGACGAAUGCCGUUACCGCUAUUGCCAACACCGCUGCGUCAACUCGCCAGGAUCUUUCUCCUGCCAGUGUGAAUCUGGUUUCCAGCUCGCCAGUAACAACCGCUCAUGUGUGGAUGUGAAUGAGUGCGAGAUGGGGGCCCCUUGCAAGCAGCGCUGCUUCAACACGUAUGGCACUUUUAUCUGCCGUUGCAACCAAGGAUAUGAGCUGGACCAUGAUGGCUUUACCUGCAAAGACGUGGACGAAUGCAGCUACUCAACCUACUUGUGCCAAUUCCAGUGCGUGAAUGAACCCGGUCACUUCUCGUGCAUUUGCCCACAAGGUUACAACCUCGUGAACACCCGCCUUUGCCAAGAUAUUAACGAAUGUGAGACAGGAGGCCAUCAGUGUACCGAGUCCCAGAACUGUGUGAACUUUCACGGCGGGUAUCGGUGCGUGGAGAAGAAACUCUGCCAAGAACCUUAUAUGCACGUCUCCGAAAACCGCUGCCUUUGCCCGGCCACAAACCCACUUUGCCGCGAUAAGCCUUCCUCUGUUAUCUACCGGUACAUGAGCAUCUUGGCAGAUCGACCGGUGCCCUCGGACAUUUUCCAGAUUCAAGCCACCACCUUCUACCCCGGAGCCUACAACACCUUCCAGAUCCGUUCAGGCAAUGAGGAAGGAGAAUUUUACAUCCGGCAAAUCAGCAAUAUAAGCGCCAUGUUGGUUUUGUCUCGGCCGGUGGUGGGCCCCCGUGAGUUUGUGCUGGACUUAGAGAUGGUCACCAUAAAUAACCUGAUGAGCUACCAGGCCAGCUCGGUGCUCCGCCUCACUGUCUUUGUGGGUGCUCACCCGUUCUAGUGGGGGCAGGCCUCCCCCCUUACCUGGUGUGGGAAGGAAGGGGAAAUGUCUGUCCAAGGUGGAGGAACCAUCAAACAAUGAGGAGACGCAACUCUACUGGUGAGAAGGUUGGGGUCUGGUGGUCUCACGGACUUCUCCACCAGCUGUCCACCAGAACCACCAAGAGCCAGACCUGGAUGAGGCCUGCAGAACCAGACCUGUAGCUUACAGAUGCGUGUGGCCACUCUGGACCCCUCCACCCUUUCUUAGCACUGCUCCUUGACCCGUAACACUGGCCAAUAAUGCAACCUUGUCUCCUGCUGCCGGGGAGGACAACAGGGGAGAGAACCCAGCCCUGCACCCUGGGACGGGGAGUGGACAUUUGAACCUUUCAGCAAAGCUCCCUUUUUACUUCUCUGGUUAAAAGAGAAAGCGAGAAA